AUGAAGGCCAAGCCCUUUUCAAUUGACUUGCUCCCACGCUUUAUAGCACGCCUGGACGCGCAUGGGGAGAUGGCUAGGAUUGUCGUGGGUAACUCUACCCCCCAUGGCCCCAUCGCUGCGACAGUGACUGUCUCUGAGUCUUCUGUCUCUCUCGUGCGACAGGUUGCGCGGCCGCUUUCGUAUGGCCCAAAUAUGAGUGUAACGACACAGAAGCUUACGUUCAUGCUGAUUCAUCGGCUUGGAUCCCCACGGCAGCACUUACUUCUAGGAUUCGAAGAUGGAACUCUGGUCAUUCUCUGUGCUGAGAGCGGGGUGCUCGUGGCUGCUGCACGGCUGCCUUGUGAGAAUCCAGUCCACUCAAUUGCAUUUGAUGACAUGGGUGGGAUUUUCGUGGUUAUGACUGCAGUUGGAGGUGUUUACAGACUCGAUGGUAUGGCAGGAAUCCUUGCAAGUGAGCGCCCUCCACUGCUGGAUCUACAGCGCUGCAGCACUCUUAGUGCCGGAAGCGAGGUCUUCACAUGUGGUUUUAUCCCCGGCUCAGGAGGGGAGUCACGGCUUCUGAUCCUUUAUUCCUCUGGGCGGAUUGACCUCUUUAGUACUGCAGCAGACACAUUUCUUCAGCCAGAAACAAACAGAUCUGUCACUCUUCCAGUCCUUGGCGCAAUGAACAUUAUCACUGCAGCGCAUCUAUGCCAACAAUCCAGAGUCCUCUACGUUGGCACUUUCAAUGGGUCUGUGCUUACGGUGCCACUGGACACUCUCACUCCCGACACCCAUUUGCCAGAUUGCGGCGGGCCUGUCAGCGCCAUUUCCCCCGUUGAAGACGGGAUUUGCGUGGGAACUCUUGGUGGCCGGGUGCUUUUCAAGGACACUACGAUCUAUGAAGACACGCACUGCUCCAUAUAUUGCUUGGAGGCUCUAAAUUCUCGGCUUCCCAUAGUCUUGGCAGGAACCAGUGUAUGGUCCCUCAUAUUAGUAAUGCUUUAA